AUGAUCCUGGCGAUGGUUCUGCGCCUGAGCCCGUCGUGGGCCAUGGUGGCCUCCCCCGUCACCGUCACAGACAUCACCGACAAGGAGCAGGAAUUCGCGUUGGAUACCCACGGCUUUCAGCUCGUCGUCCACAGAGACGAAUCGCAGGCUCGGCAGGAGGGCUAUCAAAAUGACUCUGAAGUGAAGCUAUCGUAUUACGCCGAGAUGGAGCAGCUGAUAAAAAAUGUCCUGGGCGCCGGCAAUCAGUCGCUGCGCGGCCCCAUCCUUCGUGCCCACGUAGACCAGUCGUACAAGGGUGCCGAGUACGACCUACGGUGGUAUCUUCCCGACGAGGCGGAUACACUUCUCGCGGGUCGACCGAUCAAACCGGUCUACAAAGACCCACUAGCCGUUGCCGACGCCACCACGGUGGCCGAGGCGGAUCUGAUACCCGCCCGAAUCAUAUUCGAGGACCAUGAACGAGAAUCGUGGACGGUGAAGCAUUCGCCUUCGCAUCGAUGGUAUUUCAAAUACGGGCAGCAACCAGAUGAGGUGCUCCUCAUCAAAUGCUUUGACUCUCGAGAAGAUGUCGCCCGCCGCGCUCCUCAUUCUGCGUUUCAGAAUCCGCGGCACGUCGAUGAGCCAUGGAGGGAAAGCAUUGAGAUUAGGACGAUGGUGUUUUACGGCGACCAGUAG